AUGGAGAAGAUUUCAGUGUCAACAUUCUUGCUCCUUGUGGCCCUCUCCUACACCCUGGCCAAAGACACCACAGUCAAACCAGGAGCUAAGAAGGACACCAAGGACACAAAGGUUCCUCCACCCAAACUGCCCCAGACCCUCUCCAGAGGCUGGGGUGAUCAGCUCAUCUGGACUCAGACAUAUGAGGAAGCUUUGUACAAAUCCAAGACAAGCAACAAACCCUUGAUGAUUAUUCAUCACCUGGAUGAAUGCCCACACAGUCAAGCUUUAAAGAAAGUGUUUGCUGAAAAUAAAGAAAUUCAGAAAUUGGCAGAGCAGUUCGUCCUCAUCAAUCUAGUCUAUGAAACAACUGACAAGCACCUUUCUCCUGACGGCCAGUAUGUCCCCAGGAUCAUGUUUAUUGACCCAUCCCUGACCGUGAGAGCCGACAUCACUGGACGAUACUCAAAUCGUCUCUACGCCUAUGAACCUUCGGACACAGCUCUGCUUGUUGACAACAUGAAGAAAGCACUCAAGCUGCUGAAGACUGAAUUGUAG